ACAAAUCAAUUAACAAUCGAAAGUUGACGUCAUUAAGCGGCUUAUUAUGUCAAAAUUGUAAGGUGUUGAUCAUCCAUUAUCAAAAUUACCCGUUUCCCAUUAAAUUGUUCAGUAUGCGUGAACACCAAACAUUACAAAAACAAGUAAAAAAAUGCGGACACAUCAAUCAAAUUGCAUCUUCAAGCAGAAGCAGCAAAUCAGCAUAUUCCACAGCACAAAAUGCCAUCAUUAACGCCUUCCAGAAGACUGUCUCAAACAUUCAAAGAAAAUGUCCCCAUGUUGCGAACAAAAACCGACAAAAUGUCCAAACUAGCAAAAAUCAAACCGGAAACAUGAUUAAGAGACCUUGCGGUCACGUUGUUAAUAAUAAUACUAAUAAGCAAGUGUUAAGAAUAAAUUGCCCUCACAAAAACACAGCACAAAACAGUAACAACUCCGAGGGCCAAAAAAUGAUAAAUGUUCCUCAACCUGCAAAACUUUCAGUCCAGUUUACUAACCAAGCUACAGCUGAAACCUCGCCACCUCAAACACAAAAGAACAAAGUUGCAGAACCAAGCACCAAAAACAAAACCACAGGUGUGCCCCCAAAAAAGCCCACCCCAACCCCCCAAAAAACGCCCCCAAAUGACCCAAAACCGUGCGAUAAGAUCACCGAAAUUUUCAAACGACCGGAAAAUACAAUGGAAGAAACAGAAGCUUCAAAUAAUUCGUCAUUUCAGAAGGUAACACAAGAGCUUGCAAAUAUAAUAAAAAAUUUCCAAAAACAAAUCCAUGAAGUUCCGAUUACCAAAGCCAAACUGGAGGAGAUUCCUUCUGCGAUGAUACAGCCGAAAGUUAAGGAGUUUUUCAAAAAAACUGAACCUCCAGUUCCGAAAAAUCAACCAACGAAUAAAACGCCACAAAAAAGUGUUUCCAAUAACGCGAAAACUAAUCAAAAUGGUGUGAAAAAGCAGUCGAGUUUGCGGAAUUUUACCCCGAGUAACAAUACUUUGGCGGAGGCCAGCAGUGUGAGGCGAUUUUCCUCGUCCACAAACCACGCUCUAAGCCUGAAAUCGAGCUCGACAAGCACUGUGAGCAAAAGACUUUGCAAACGCUCGAGUUUCCUUAACGUCGAUCCGUUAAAACAGCUCAAAGACGAAGUGCAUAAAGCGAUCCGUGACCGAAAAACCUUCACAGUCCGUGGUCAUUUCGGGCCGGUCCGGAAGGCCCUUCUUGAGCGAGGCUGGGUCGAGAAAUUUCACGUCUCAUACAAGGACCAACUAAGCGAGGAUUUGAAACGUUACCAGAACUAUUCAAUCAACGAACUGUUGCCGCUGAUGAGACGUGAAGACUUGACAAGCCUUUGCAAAAGUCUAAUCAAAUCGAAGUUAUUAGGCGGCUACCAGGUCGACUUUUACUGGGGCACCAACGAUGACGCCUUCAAGGAAAACCCCGAUAAAAUUAAAUACACCAUGAUCAAUAAACUGAAGCGGGAGAUUUUCAGUUACACGAAUAAGCAAGGCUUGUGCGAUGCCAGUAAAAGUUGUUACUGGUACCAGAAAAACAACGUUUCGAAACUGAACCAUCCCAGAUCGUACAGUUUGGGUAAAAACGGUGAUUUGAAAGGGUUUGUUGAUGAUUUUAACGUAACCGCCGCCAUGUCUCUACUCAAAUGGGUGGUGAAAGUGAAUGUGACUAAAGAGUCGAAGCUGUUGAGCCCCAGUGGGAAAAUACCGCUUGAAACGUUCGAUUUUGCCCUAAAUGAGUGUUGCAAAUUUAUCAAAAAGGGGCGACAUGAGGACAUUGAUGUGCAAAUACCGGAAGCAACAGAGACUGAAUGGAACCAGUUUUUGGAAUAUUUUUACAAAAUCGUGCACUAUAGUAAUCAUUUUAAGAGCGAGGGCACGGAGACUGAGGAUUCGUUGGUGCGAAAAUCAAAUUAUAUUUUGAACAGUUUGAGGAGUUUUUACCCGUUUCUUGACAUGGACGGGAUGAUGAAUAUUUGGAUUUUGAAACCGACUGCUAGCAGCAGAGGCCGGGGGAUUCACAUGUGUAGGACGUUGCAGUACGUUUUGAAAGUUGUCAAGCAAAACUCAAAUAUUAGAUACAUCAUCCAGAAAUAUAUCGAGCGGCCUCUCCUGAUUUACAACACGAAAUUCGACAUAAGACAGUGGUUUUUGAUCAGUAAUUGCAGUCCACUGACGAUAUGGAUGUACAAGGACUGUUAUUUACGCUUCAGCUCCCAGACUUACAACCUUCGCAAAUUGCACGAAUCCAUCCACUUGACAAAUAAUUCGGUUCAGUGCAAAUACAAGAACGCCUCGUUGGACACAGCACUGCCGAGUUACAACAUGUGGGACUCAAACGAUUUCCAGAGAUAUUUGGCAAAUAUCGGUUAUCCAAACGCCUUCAAAGAGAUCGUUUAUCCGGGAAUGAAACAGAGCAUAACCGCUGCGGUAAUGAUGCAUCAGGAUAAAAUGGUCGUUCGGCGAAAUUCUUUCGAGUUGUACGGCGCCGAUUUUAUUCUAACUGAAGACUUUCAACCGUGGUUGUUGGAGAUUAAUUCCAAUCCGGCCCUGUUUGCCUCAACGCCAGUGACGGCAAGGAUGUGUCCGAAGGUGCUCGAGGAUGUUGUCAAAGUUGUUAUCGAUUACGGGCAUAAUAAUAAGGCCAGUACCGGACUGUUUGAACUGAUCUACAAGGAGCCUUUGACAAAACUGCCUCCUUCUGGUACUUUAGAACUUAAGGGUUUGCCGCUGCAAAGCAACUACUUUUUCAAUGCUCCUGAUCAAGAAUCGAGUGAUGUUUUCAGUGCUUUUAAGUUUAGUAACAGUAAUAAUAGUGCUUUGGUGGUGGACGAGGCCCAAGACUGUUUGAAGACGUUUGGGGAAGAGAUCAAGAAAACGUUAAAGAAUCUGUUGCAGAUUAUACACAAUGAGAGGGAAAAACGCGAGGCGAAGCUGAACCAGAAUCUUAGUGUUAAAGUUUGAAUAAAAAUGUUUCAAUUUGUUGGGGGGGUUUGAAAGAAAAUUGAGUCCUGAAUCAGAUUUAUUAAUAGAAAAAAUAAAAUAAAUACAAUGUGUUUUAGAA